AUGGCUCUAGAGCCCUCUGAUGCAACCCUCGCUACUCUUACACCAAACCCAGAUCUUAAUGUUGACUGCCCAUUUCCACCCCCAAGCCCAGAUAUCAACAUCACAGAAGCUAUCGCACGAAACGAUCUAGCUAUCCUCCCACCUCUACCCUUCCAAACCCACGAUGAAAUCGAAGACCUAGACCCAACCUACCCAAACUACCGCGCGGCAGCAAUCCGUUACUACACCCUCUCCCCCAGCGGCACACUAACCCAAGAAACUCACCCCACCCCCGUAUCCCGUAUUUCCGUCCUCCUCUCCCUAGAAUACUUCUACACCCUCCGCAAACACCUCACGACCCCUUCAAACGUCCCCUGGGAAGACACUGUCACCGACGUAGUAGCCCCCAAUGCACACACCCAAAGCGACUCGCGCAGAGACUACAGCUUCGAGGGCGAAGCCCUGGAGGCUGUAACGCGUAAGUUGUCUUCCUUCACGGAGUUGGAAAGAGUGCAAAACGAGUUUGCCAUGCACCACAUCGCCAUCAAUGAAAACCUCCGUGCUGUGAAUAGUGGUUGGGCGUGUCAGUCUUUUGGCCUACCGGAUCCCAUGGGUGCCGCGAGUGAUAUCAGACACGACAGGAACUUCUUCGCGCACAGUUUUCCUACCCCAAUGGGUAGAGGGAUUCAGUUGGAGUGGGCGAUUAAGAGAAAGGCGGAAGUGUAUGAGAAAUUGUUGGGGCUCGUAGAGCAUGGUGUUUGUAAUCUGCAGGGGCAACUAGAUGAUCCGGAGAUUUGGGUUUCGCCGCAGGUUAUAGGGAAGGAGAGACUCGAGAGGGAGGCGCGGGAAGAGGAUGGGAGGCUGGAUAGGGAGGGUGUGGAGCAUGAGAAUUACAAAGAGGGUGAGUACGAGCAGGAAGAGGAGGUAGAGUGGAUUGAGGUGCCUCAGUCAACCUUCUCGCGUGUCUUCGACAGCCUAGGCGGCAACGCAGUCUUCCGGUAUUGCUUUCGUUUCGGGAUCGUGCGUAGGGCUGGUUGGAUGUUGUUCGAUUGGUUGGGUGAGAUGCUGGCGGAGGCUGACGCUGUUGCUUUACGCAGGGCUGAAGAAGAGAACGCUGGGAGAUAUGGUGAAGGAGACAACUGCGGGAGUCACGAGUACAAGAGUGAAAAUGACGACGGUAGGAGUCAAGAGUACAGAAAUGAAAACAACGAAGGCUAUGGGAGCCAGGAUAUAGACGCGCCUCCGUCACGGCCGGAUAGUGGUUGGGGUGACCCGCAAUGGUAG